AUGAAUAAUUUGUUGAAACGAGCUGCGAUUCAAUAUUUGCAAGCAAACGCGCGAUCUUCUUCGCACGCUGCUACAGCUGGAGGCCAUGGAGGUGGCUGGAAGCUGUGGAAGAAUAUGACCUUCUUUGUGGCAUUCCCUGCCAUUGGUCUUGGUAUGGUUAACGCAUACCUCGCUCACCAGGAACAUCAUCAUGAUGAACGCCCUGAAUUUGUACCUUUUGAAUAUAUGCGUGUCCGCACCAAGCGCUUCCCGUGGGGAGAUGGCCAAAAGUCCCUGUUCCACAACCCCCAUGUCAAUGCUCUGCCCAGCGGCUACGAACACUAA